UUUUGCCGUCCUUCAUUGCGUUCACGAGUGCAUGUCUCUCGACUGGAGCAUCCAUCGCCGUAUCUCCUCAGAUCUCGUGUAUGUUGGAAUUAUUGCAGAGCUAGCGGAAACUCCUGGUCGAACGCAGAGGCCGGAGUGGUGCUUUGUGUGUUUUUUUUCACUGGGUUUUUGCGAACGUGUGUUCUUGUCUGGAGUGACGAUCGAUCGGGUGUGUUACAGCCGAGGAGUGCAUUUUCUAGGGUCAAGAUGUCGGGGUCCAACCAGCGACUGAAUGUGGCUCCUACUAUCACCAUGAUGGGGGUGGUCAAGGCUCGCCUGGUAGGUGCCACAAAGGGGCAUCAGCUGUUGAAGAAGAAGAGUGAUGCUUUGACCAUGCAGUUCCGUCAGAUUUUGAAGCGCAUUGUGGAAACCAAGGAGUCGAUGGGGAGCACCAUGAAGGCAUCUGCGUUCUCGUUAACCGAGGCUAAAUAUGCAGCGGGAGAUAACAUUAAGUGUGUGGUGUUUGAGAAUGUGGAUAAAGCCACGGUUAAAGUUAGGGCGAGGCAGGAGAACGUGGCAGGAGUGAAGCUCCCUAAAUUCGAGCACUUCAUUGAACCAGGAGAGUCCAAGAACGAUUUGGCAGGGUUGGGUCGUGGUGGGCAACAGAUCCAACUUUCCAAAUCUGCGUUCAUGAGGUCGGUUGAGAUUUUGGUAGAAUUGGCUUCAUUGCAGACAUCCUUCCUGACCUUGGACGAGGCAAUCAAAACAACGAACCGGAGGGUUAAUGCUCUGGAGAACGUCGUGAAGCCGAAGUUGGAGAACACAAUUUCAUAUAUCAGAGGCGAGCUCGAUGAAUUAGAGAGGGAGGAGUUUUUCAGGUUGAAGAAAGUGCAGGCAUACAAGAAGAAAGAGGUGGAGAAGCAACUUUUAAAGAACAAAUCAUACAUGGAGCAGGGAUCUAACCGACCGAUUAGUAGCCAAGACAACGUCAAUAACGACGAAGACAUUCUCUUCUGACUCUAAUAUUGGUUGCAUACUGAGAAGCGCCAUAGCUUCCGAGCAAUUAAACUCGUUUCAGUGAUUUGAAGCCACUUUUCAUGCUUCAUGUGAAGGCCUAGUGUGACGAAAUACCAGUCGAACAUCUCUUGUUGAUGGGACCAAGGUUUGUACUUGUAAACAUUCCGGAACACGCACAAGCUUAUAGUCUGGAUUGGAUUGGUAACAAGCAUGAAUUAGUGCAUUGUACCAUAGUGUUUAUACUCCCUGCACCAUACAGGGAAUGUUUUUUUACUUCUGGGGGUGAGCCUUCUAGGUUGUUUUGUUCAUAGCGUGUUUUCAUUAACUAUUCAGCUGCAUGGAGUUUUAGUCCUAAAUGACAACUCCUGUUUUGUAUUAUUUUGUUUCUAUUAUAUUCUACUUUAUGGGUUUUCAGUUGAGUAAUCAAAA